AUGCGCGAAGAGGAUAGACAUGCGGAAAUGCUCAAACAUUACGUUAGGGAAGGAAAAAACACAAAUUGGCACAAAAGUGAAAGAGCUAGAAACAACCCUUACUGCGUCAACUAUGACAUUUUGCUGAAAAAUUAUAAAGAGGAACAAUAUAUAGACCUUAACCUGGAAGUUAAUUACAACUUGGAGGAAUUAUUAGCUUACAAGGACAAUAUAAAAAAAUGUUUUCAUGAGCAUAAUAGAGGGAAUAAAAAUAAUGUGCAGAGGAAUAGGAGGAGUUACCAUUACGACGAUGGAGGUGGCUUUAGUUGCGCAUCGGGUGACAUUUCCCCCUUUUGUUAUGACUCAGGGGGUACGAAGAAAGUUGCACGUGAUAAAUCUGACAGAGUGGAAAAACAAUUAUAUGGACAUGGAGAGUAUACCGAUGAGAGUCAUACAUCCGACUCCAGCAACAGCUAUUGCUCAGACGUAACGGACAGUUCUUCAAAGUAUGAAAAAACGAAUGGCAUGAAUUUUUCCCAACGCAUUACCUAUGAGAGUAUCAUUUUGGAGGACAAGGUAAAUUUGUUUGACACUGUGUUAGCCGCAGACGGGGUGAACAAAAAUAGAAAAGGGGGGAAAAAUAAUGCUAUGUGUCCUUCAUGGGCUGCCAAAUUUGAGGACAACACAAAUAUAGACGACUCCUACGUCAGGACUGAGCUAAGUUAUGAAAACAGGGAGUGUGGACGGGAGGGGGGUCCAUCCCCUUUCCAUGCGAGGGAAAACUCCAAAGGGGUGUUCCCUUCGAUAGACCUGGAUGGACACCCAUUGAGCAAUAUAAAAUUUCACAAAAAAUAUACCCAUCCAACUAGCCAAAAAGUAGAAGAAGAAAUCCUGAAAAAAUAUGAAAAAAUAAUAAAAAUUAUGAAGUACUUAAGAAGAAUAAAAAAUAAGUACCCUCAAAUCGAAGCAACCAUUUCGAUACUAUCCAAUCAUAUUAAAAAUGUCACAUUCAAUUGUGAGAAAAUGUUUGAUUCGAGACAAGAGAUGAAUGAUUUCUUGAAAAAAAUUUACAUUUACCAGAUUUACCUCCUUAAAAAAGUCGUUUUUAAAAACCCGAGGGAUAGAACAAGUGGCGUUUCCUUCAAGGAUUAUUCGGAAGUCCCCGAAGGCAUCAACAGAGAUGCCCACUUCAUGAUCCAGCACUUGAGAGAAAACAGACCUGUAAAAUCUGCAAGCGGGGUUCCACACGAAAAUGUUCAUGAUGAAAGAUGGGCUAAUUUUAGUAGCGUGAGAAAACAUGAAGGAAGGACACCUAAUCCAUUAAGCAAAGACACACAAAGAAUGAGCGGUAUAAAGAAGGAAAAGAAAAGAGACACGAGCUUUACUGAAGACACAGAAGAAAGUGACGUGUGCAAAAAGGGAAAGGGAAAAAAUAAGAGUAAAUAUAAAAGUAGAGAAUCAUUUAGGGGACAAGAAAAAACAACACAGGACGAUGAUCCUUUGGGGAGUGAAACAAACUCGACACAUUGUUUCACCAAUCUGUAUGGAGAUGAUGCAGAGAAGACGUCCGCCUACUACGCUAACCUUAGGCAUACAUAUAGGGAAGCCCUAAAAAACCAUAUACACACAAGUGGGGAAAUUUUUCAAAGAGGAAAAAAUAAAAAACAAAGUAGAAUAAAAAAGGAACACAUCCUACAUGAAGAUUCGCUGAACCAUAAAAAUGCCUAUCGCAAGAGUAAAAAUUUAACCAUGUCGGAUGAUGCAGAUGUACUGCCUGAACAAGAACACGUAAGGGAAGAGAUAAACAAACAACCACAAGGCUGGGGGAAUAAACGGGAUGUCCCUUUUAACACACAUUUGGUAGAAUAUGAGUCGAAAAAAGAAGACUCGGGGCAACCUUAUAAGUGUAUUCCCAAAGAUAACGCAAACAAUAGGGAAUACAGGGGGAGAAGCACUUUAAGUGACGCCUUAAAAAAUGAUUACUUAAACGUUGUAGAUGUGCAGAAGUGCGGGCCCAAAUGUGGGGACCCAUAUGGGCCAUCCCUAAACGCGCUUAAUUUAGCAAGGACGGAAACGCCCCCGUGGAGAAGUCCAUCGAAAGGGGAAACGGGCAGAAAGGACACUGUCAGCAAGGACGGGAACAGCCAAAAGACGCUUGUACUCUUUUAUGACAUAAAUAAAGAGCUAAGUGCCAUCUCGAACAGGGACUCUGUCAUACACGCGCUGAAGCAUGCGCUUCUAAACAAACCCUACAACUUCAGCGCCCUGCAAAAUUUCCUAUUCAAAAUAAACGUGGAGCUGGUAGAGUACAAAAACUUCAUCCUGCUGCUAACUCGGAACAUAAAGAAGCCACACAUGGAAGCCCUCUAUGGCUUAAACGAUUUUUCGGUGUUCGAAAAGGUGUAUGGGAAGAAGAGGGCGCCCCGAUUUUUGGUCUCCAAUAAGGUUAAAACUUUUUACAAGUAUGAUACAUUCUACCGAAGAUUUAAGGAACUCACAAAUGUGCGCGAUUUCAGCGGGAUAACUGACGCAGUGGAGUUAAUUUAA